UUGUCAACAUUGUUUACAAUUUAUAAAUACCCUUGAAAACGAAUUUCUGCCCUCACUCGGCCACAAUCCAAACGAAUUCUCUCCAUCCUUGAAGAGUAGUUGGUGUCUCAACGGUUGAGAGGGGAGUUUGUUUGGAUGUUAGGGUUUUCUCACUCUAAAAUUUCUUGAUACAAAAGCAAAGUGAAAUUAGAUGUUCACGACUCUUGUAUUCUCUAAUGCAUAAAUUCCUUCAUAAACAAGCUCGGACCAAUCCAUAUUCAGCCUCAUGUUGAGCUCUUGCUCUCACUCUCUUCUUCAACGCCCCAUCCUACUCCCCUUCUCCUCUCGAAUUAGGGUUUCAACCCCUCGUAGUACCUCACUGUCACUCAAACGCAGCUCUCGGGUCUCUCAAUCUCCUUCCCAGUCUUCAAAGAACAAAUGGAAAAUAUCCUGCUUUAGGGAGGAAGAAUUUUCUUCUGGAGCCCCAGAGCCAGACUUUCUGGGAGAUGUUUCAGAAGAAAAUUUAGCAAAGCAAGAAUUUAAUAAACCAAGUGACACAGAGAGAGACUGGCUUUCACGUCUUCGAGAGGCUUUAGAUUCAUCGUUUAAAGCGAUUGGAAAACCGUGGGCUGUGCCAUGGACAGCUGAGACCAUACUGCAGGUUAUGUUCCUUUGGAUUGCCUCAUUCUGGUUUCUGGGAUCUUGGGUGAUUCCAUUUGGAGCCCAUGUUGUGGGUUUCAGCAAGGAAUCUCUAACAUAUAGAGGGCAGGCCUUAUACAGCCUUCUGACUGAUGUAAUUGAAGGUGUUGCUGGUAUUGCAAUUCUUCAUCGUUGCCUUUCUCGGUUUCAUCCCCUUCCGUCUGGUUGGUUUAGAUUUAGAAUGAGAGGGAACUGGCUGUUUGAUGUUGCUCUCGGAUGCCUUAUGUUUCCAUUGGUCAACCGGCUGUCACAGUUCAACCUUGACCUAUUGCCUCUUUUGCCUUCUACCCCCAUCACUCAAUCAAGUGUCGAGCAAUCAAUUGCGGUGCGGGAUCCGGUGGCAAUGGCAUUGUAUGCACUGGUAGUUUCAGCGUGCGCUCCCGUGUGGGAGGAGAUUGUCUUUCGAGGUUUCCUUCUUCCCUCCUUAACCAAGUACAUGCCUGUAUGGUGCUCAAUCCUUGUUAGUUCAGUUGCCUUUGCUCUAGCACAUUUCAAUAUACAGAGGAUGCUACCGUUAAUUUUUCUAGGGAUAGUGAUGGGUGUAAUUUUUGCACGAUCGAGGAACCUAUUGCCCUCGAUACUCUUGCACAGUCUCUGGAAUGGCUUCGUUUUUCUGGAUUUGAUGAAAUAGAAUUAUUGCUUUGUACUUCACAUACAAUGACUUGUGUUGAUCUUCCUGUUGGGAAACAUGCUAGUUUUAAAAACUUAUUGAGGGAUUUUAAUUCA